GUUGAACAUGAAGUUUGUCGAGGUGUCGUCGACGACGUCGCGUGAAGUCCUAAGGCAACUCGCCGAGGUGGAAUCGAGAUCGUUUUCGACGUACGAAAGCCUUGGCGAGCGCAUCGCGAACGAGGCAGAGAAACCGGGCCAUGUCCUACUCGUGGCGGUGGAUGGCGAGUCCGUUUGUGGCUACGUGCUAUUCUCGUCAAACUCUGUCGCGGGUCGCAUUGUAAAAGUUGCGGUCGACCCUUCAAAGCGAAGACAGGGUGUCGGUCGAAGUCUCAUGCAGGAAGCCAUUGGUCGUCUGCAUCGGUCUAUGAGUGUGUCCCUGCAUGUGUCUGUGAAACGAAGCGCCGCCCUCCGUCUCUAUCAAUCACUGGGAUUUGAUAUCCAAGAGACUCGACAAGACUACUAUCAAUUGGGCGAUCAUGCAUACUACAUGGAACUGCAGCUAUGACGACGAAUGCGUUAUCGUUAGAUGGUUACGGUCGCGCCGUCAAAGCUCGAUGCAUUCACUGCCAAGCCUGGAUCUACGUCCAACUCGUUCAGAAUGUAAACACAUCAAGUGCGAUGUAGAUACAGCCUGCA